AUGUUUCAAGUAUUAGCUAAUGUCCAAAUCCACAAUACCACAAUAAAUAAUUUAUUGACUCAAACAAAAGAAGAAGAAGCAAAAAGAUUUGGAUUAGAAAAUCAAGUUGAAAGAAAUCCUGAUCCAGAUUUCAAUAAAGCUGAAAAUGAAAGACCAUCGUUUGAUUUUGAUUUAAAAUGGAGUUAUACACAAAUUCCUGAGAAAGAUUGGAAAGUUGGAUCAGGUGCAAAUAAUAAUGAUUGGAAAACCAUGAAAAAUUAG